UCUUUUCACUCACACAUAUGUGGGAGUUGAAAAAUCAAGUCAACGAAUUCUUCUUUUCUUCAACCAAAUAAUGAUGACGUCAUCAUCCAUGUCACUCCCAAAUGGACACCCCUAACGUUUUAUUUUCGUUAACAAUAAUAUUAUGUUGGCCUUUUUAAGACUUUGCAAUAUGUCUCAUAAGAAACAUAAUUCACUCAUCAUAUAAAUAUUAAAUGCUUAGACAUUGUAACAUACACUUCAUUCUUCAUUCUUCUUGUACUAUAUUAAGUGGUUUUAUAUAUCAUUAUCAUCACCAUGUAUGCAACAAAUUCCAAUUCCAAUUCCAAUUCCAACAAUAUUCCAUUUUCAACACCCUUUGUAAUGCAACAAAACCACUCCAUCCAAGAUUUUACUGAGUUUGACUCGUUCCAUGACACUAUAUCUCAACUCAACAACUCGGAAUUGAGUAGUGGUUAUAGUAGCUAUGGUGGAUCACCCUCACCAAGUACUCCAACCAUCUUGAUGCAGAGGAGCAUUAGUAGCCAUUCACUUCAAAACAAUAAUGGGACCCACCACCAUCCCUUUUCUGCUUUUUUUGCUGAGUUGCUCGACUCUGAAGACACUCCGGUCAGGAAAGUUUGUAGUACUGGCGAUUUGCAGAGGAUGAACAGAAUGCAACAUAAUCAUCAUGUGGAUAGUCCAUUGUCAAGCGAAAGUAGUAUGAUCAUUGAAGGGAUGAGCAGAGUUUGUCCAUAUAGCCCAGAAGAGAAGAAAGUCAGAAUUGAGAGAUACAGAAGAAAGAGGAAUCAGAGGAAUUUCAACAAGAAAAUUAAGUAUGUUUGCAGGAAGACAUUGGCAGACAGGAGGCCACGGAUCAGAGGACGGUUUGCGAGGAACGAUGAAAUUGAUAAGAACCCUACAGUUCAGUGGAGCCACAUCGGUGGUGGCGGGGAGGAAGAGGAUGAGGAAGAUGAGAAUUGGAUCAGUAUGUUUGAUUCCACAGUUGCUGCAAAUCAUGUUCAUCAUGAGUUUGAAGGCAAUUCCUCCUUUGGUCUAUUGUAUUAGAAUAGUUGUUACAUGUUUGUUAAGUUUUUUAUUUCUCCAUUUUCAAAGUAUUAUUGUGGUGCUGUUUAGUUUAGAUCAAAUUAAGUAGUAAUGUAAAUAUACUUAUCUUUAUUUAAGACUUUAAUCAGGGGUGAUGUUUUUGAGUCCCCUUUUUAUAGGACUGAGCAACAAUGUAUGUAUGUAUGUAUUAAAUCAAACUUUGGAAAUAACUCUACAUGAUGUGUUUAUAA